AUGGUGUUGGCAAAGUCCAAAAACUCCGUGGGACUGGGUAACAGUCUCAUGAAUGAUCGCUUUGGCAAGGGAAAAGCCUCAAGCCAGAAAAAGGCCUCGCACAAUAAUGCUAUUGCUCGCAAGAACAUGCUGGGUGAGACCUACAUCACCAACGAAGCCCAGGAAGCAUCAUGGGUAAAAAUGCGCUCGAUCACCGAACAGGCCGCUCUCGAUGAAUUCCUCAGCACCGCCGAGCUGGCAGGCACUGAUUUCACCGCCGAAAAAAUCAAUAAUGUCAAGAUCAUCCACUCCGACCAGAAGAACCCGUACCUUCUCUCUGCCUCGGAGGAGAAGUCUGCGGUGAAGAAGCACGAGAAGAACAAGGGGCGCCUGACUGUGCCCAGACGACCAAAGUGGGACUCGACGACGACACCGCAACAGUUGGAGUCGAUGGAGCGUGAGAGUUUGUUGAACUGGCGUCGGGGGCUCGCGGAAUUGCAGGAAAACCACGAUCUUCUGAUGACUCCCUUCGAGCGCAACUUGGAAGUUUGGCGUCAGCUUUGGCGUGUCAUUGAGCGAUCCGACCUCGUGGUGCAGAUUGUCGACGCCCGCAACCCUCUUCAGUUCCGCUCCGAGGACUUGGAGAACUACGUCAAGGAGAUUGACCCUCGCAAGAAGAACUUGCUGCUCGUCAACAAGGCCGACAUGUUGACUCUGAAGCAGCGGGAGGCAUGGGCUGAAUAUUUCGAGAGGCAUCAAAUCAACUUCCGUUUCUUCUCGGCGCACCUGGCCAAGGAGAAAAUGGAAGCUGAGAUGUUGAAGGAGUCCCAGGAAGACGAUGACUUGGCGGAGUCCACCCAAAAACUCCAUGUCGAGGACCAAGAAGCAGAGAAGGAGAAGGAAAAGCAGGAAGAGAUCGCGGCUGCGCUUGCCGAUCCCGACCAGUCGCUCGGGCCACACAUUCUUGAUGUUGAUGAGCUUGAGGCGCUCUUCUUGGCCAAUUCACCUGAAUCAUUGGCCGACGAAAGGAAUCCUGACGCCUCCGGCAGGGCUAAGACCACCAUCGGCCUUGUCGGCUACCCCAACGUGGGCAAGUCCAGUACCAUCAACGCCUUGCUUGGAGCGAAAAAGGUGUCUGUCUCUGCCACGCCCGGUAAGACCAAGCACUUCCAGACGCUGUACCUCUCUCCGGAAAUCAUGCUCUGCGAUUGUCCAGGUCUCGUGUUUCCCAACUUCGCGACGACCAAGGCCGACCUGGUUGUGAACGGUGUCCUUCCAAUUGAUCAACAACGUGAGUUCACGGGUCCCGCUGGUCUUGUUGCUCAGCGUAUCCCAAAGCACUUCAUUGAGAAUCUUUACGGUGUGAAAAUUCGCACCCGUCCUAUCGAAGAGGGUGGCACGGGCAUCCCGACUGCCAGCGAGCUUCUCCGGGCGUAUGCCCGCGCUCGUGGUUUCUCGACUCAAGGUCUUGGACAACCAGACGAGUCCCGUGCUGCACGAUACGUUUUGAAGGAUUACGUGAACGGCAAACUUCUCUUCGUUCACCCUCCACCUGUGCCGUUGGGUGAAACACCGACCGAUCCGCACGUCUUCAACCACGAGCUUUACGACAUUGCUCAUCUGCCCCCCAAGCGCCAGGCGCUUCUUGCCAAGACAUCCGUGGACCCGGACAAUGAUCCAGUGGCCGACAACGACCCUGAAGUUGUAGCCGCUGAGCCCGACAUCACACCGUUUGUGUCCCCACCUGCCGACAAUCAACCCGGCUUGCGAUCCCGUAACCUCGACAGUGGUUUCUUCGGCACCGCGACUGGGCCUUCUGCUGGUCGUAUCAGCAUGCCCUUCAAUCACAAGUACACUGAACAGGGCCAGCAGAUCCGCCAGAACCUCACGGGACGCAAGGAACGUAUGAUGAUUGCUUUGGAGCGGGGUGUGGAUGUGUCCGAGGUUCGAGGCACCGCCAGCUCCAAGAAGCAUUUCAAGGGCAACAAGCGCCGUGCCAAGGGCAAGCGCAACAACGGCGAGGAGACCGAGGAUUUCUACUAA